CUGUCACACCCAUUGUGAGAUUUUCUUUGCUGUUAACGGCAGCUAACGUUAGCGUGCACAUGCAGCGGUAGAAACAUCUGCUGUUAAAUUACAUUAACUUUUCAGUACAGAGCAAAAUGUCUCAAACGGUUGUCACUACCAGAACAACAACGACCACAACGACCUCGUCGAGCGGUGGAAGCUUCCUGAACACCGGCUACGUGAGGACUUACUCCGGGCUGCUAAAAGUCGCUCAAGUGAUAGCCCUCCUCAUUGCCUUCCUGUGUGUGCGCUGUUCCCAAGUAUGGACAGACUUCUCAGCCUUUCGGUACUUUGAGGUUGUCACACUGUGGUUCUUCUGCGCCUUACUCAUCUUCCUCAUCAUGUACAUCCUCAGACUGCAGACCAAGAUGCCAUGCAUUAACUGGACAUUGACGGAGUUUCUGCACUACGCUGUGGGCACCAUCCUGGUCUUCAUCGCCUCCAUAGUAGCCGCUGUGAAAAGUUCCGGUAUCUCCGCCCUUGUAGCCGGAUCUGUUUUUGGCUUUAUAGCAACUUUUCUUAUGGCGCUCAGCCUCUGGACAUCGUACAAGGUCACAUGUGGUUCACAGCCAACCAGUGCAGCUGUGUAAUGGAACCUGACUCAACUUAAGGUCAUGAGAGGGAAUGUUUCAGUAGCUGUCAAGUGCCUCAGAAGUGUUGAUAUUUUCACCAUCUCCUGAAUGCUGCAUUACACAUAAUUUGUCAAAUUCAGCCAACAAUCUAAUUUAGCUUUUUUCUCCUUACACCAAAUGUAGUUGAUCAGCCAAGACAUGUUUGGUGUCUGAAGUUUACUUCUUUGGUUUAUUGGAGCUUAGCAUGCUUACAACAGAGUAAGCUCUUGGACUCCCGCUUACAUAUGGCUGUGGCAUCACUAGGGAUUGAAGUCCCUAUAUCCUGACAGUGGGGCCAAUGCUUAGGCCUCGUCCACACACAACAAGAUAUUUUGUGUUUUUUUUACAUAUGUUCAGAAAUCUGUUCACACAGAGAAUGCAAAAUUAUCGCAUAGCAUGCUUGCUUAGCAGUAGGUGAUAAUACAGCUGAAGCAGAGAUUUUCUAACAAAUUGACACUGGUAUUACAAACACUGCAGGCUUUGACUUGCAGACCUCUAACUUGAUAAUUCACAUAGAUUCAAAAUACAAUUUCUGCCAGAAAAGAAAAGCUUAAAAGCAGAAAAAUAGCCUGCCACUCACUGUCAUGUGGUUGUUUAUGUUGCCAUAUGACUCCAUCUCUGAAACGUCCACUCCUGUUCAGGCAGAAAACAAGAAGAGUUUUUCUAGCUUUUCACCACAUUUGAAUUACAAUUAAGAUAUACGACUUGAUCUUUAUUCCAAAUCUGACUUUGGUUAUAUAUCUCAUAUAUCUUUAGAAUCAAUGAGGUGUUUUAGUAUGCAUGCUUGAGUUUUCACCCCGUUUACAAGAACUGAGCAGAGUAAGUUUAGACUACACUGAGGUUUACUGAAUAAGCUUAAGCUAAAUUAUAAACGUUACACCGAACUGCUAAGCACUGAGUUCUGAAUUCUGCAUGCUCAGUAAAUGAAAACAUUAGUAGACAUGCACAAGUUAGCGGCAUGAUUUCAGUAGUUUCAAAAAGCGUGAACACUGAAAAUAGACUUUUGAAAAGUCUCUACACUACAGAGUGUUUUCAGAACAUUUUCAGAGACUGAAUUCAGUUUUUGUCUUUACGGUAGGACAAAACACAUAGAAAUACUACGUAAUUUCCAGGUACGUGUGGAUAGUUGAGCCAGGGAGCUCCCUAAGCUAAUUAAAUGACUAAGUCUUCACACUCUUGUCACAAAAGUGAUCAGUACAUAAACAAAAAGCCCGCUACUGUUUUUUAGCCAUGCUAACGUACUUUAGUGUGUGUUUAUAGAUCACAAUGUGUCAUAUAGUGUAAGAAACCACAUAAUUAAGUUUACUAGAGAUACUAAACAACUCCAUAUGCUUUGAAGCAUGCAGUUAGCACCAGGCUAAUUGUUGGAAUCUAAGCUUCCAGUACUUGUUAGCUACUUUAGCCUCGCAACUCCAACGCUAGAAAUAAAGAAGUAAACUUCAGACACGUCUGAUUAGCUACAUUUAGGGUAAGGACUGAAACAGUGGCUGAACAUUUUCUUUUUAUGAGCAACAUUUCUACUGCAAAACAAAAAAUUCCAGAACCGAUGCUUCGCACGUUCUCCGAAAUUGGAAAUGUUCCACGCUGCAGCUUUAGUGUGAGGUUUACGGAAGAGUGAUGAUGACGAUGGUGCUCUAGCUUUGGUGUGCAGAUUGUUUUUAUGAAAAAGCACAGGGGCCAUUUGUAUACAUUUAUAUAAAGACUGUUUACAUUUAUUUAUUGAAGAUAAUUUGAGCUGCUGUUGCUUAAAUUCCCAGCUUGCAUGCUUAAACGCAAGCCUAAAGUCAGCUGCGUUAGGAACGAUUCAGUGUUGUUAUUUUUCUACAAGUCUGUAUUUUGUAUUUAACUUCCUGUGUGAAGUGUAUUGAUAGGCUCUCUCUCUCACACUCUCUUUCCUGCUCUCACUUGCUCUUUAAAAAAAUUAUAUAUAUAUAUAUAUAUAUAUAUAAUUUAUAUUAUAUAUAUAUAUAAUUUUACGUUCUGGUGUUAUGCUUGAUUAUUGACUGUUAUUACAUAUUAGAGAGUGAAAGUAUAAAAUAGACAAAAGUCAAA